CAGCUCCUCAGCCUCCCUCUAUCUCACACACACAUUUCGUGAUCUCAUAUUUUAGCUGUCAUCUUAUUCUUCAUCAUCUUCAGUUUUUCUCUCAGCCUCACUCGACUCUUCUUUCUCGUCUUUCUUAUCGGAUCUUCUAAACCUAACGAAGACUGUUUCCACGGCACCUACACCGAAAUCUUCGCAUUCUAUCUCGUUUCUGUAUUUUUGUUUUUUUUUUUUUUGUUUUAUAAAAACGAUUUUUAAGUGAAAAGAAAAACAGAAAAUGAGGAUGAAGGAGGAAUUAGCGUGUAUGAGUGACGAGGAGAGGAGAGAAGAGGAAAUAAUAGCUUUUCCUCAACCGCAAAAGAAAUUAGUUGUGGUUGGUUACGCUCUUACCUCUAAGAAGACUAAGAGCUUCUUGAAGCCUAAGCUUGAACGUCUAGCUAGGAACAAGGGGAUAUUGUUUGUUGCUAUUGAUCAAAACAGGCCCCUUUCGGAUCAAGGCCCUUUUGAUAUUGUGUUGCAUAAGUUAACGGGAAAGGAAUGGCGCCAGAUUCUCGAGGAUUACAGGCAAACUCAUCCUGAAGUCACAGUUCUUGAUCCUCCAGAUGCUAUUCAACAUUUACACAAUCGCCAAUCCAUGCUCCAGUGUGUUGCUGAUAUGAACUUGUCCAUCUGCUAUGGAAAAGUUGGCGUACCUAGACAAUUAGUGAUUGACAGAGAUGCAUCAUUGAUCCCUGAGGUUGUUACCAAAGCUGGACUGACUCUACCCCUGGUUGCAAAGCCAUUGGUUGCUGAUGGGAGUGCAAAGUCGCAUGAACUUUCGCUUGCUUAUGAUCAGUAUUCCCUCCAGAAACUUGAACCUCCACUUGUUCUGCAAGAAUUUGUUAAUCAUGGAGGUGUUCUGUUUAAGGUUUAUAUUGUUGGUGAAGCCAUUAAAGUGGUCAGACGAUUUUCUUUACCUGAUGUCUCCAAACAAGAGCUAUCUAGAACUGCUGGUGUAUUUCGUUUUCCAAGGGUUUCUUGUGCUGCAGCUUCUGCAGACGAUGCAGAUUUGGACCCUAGUGUGGCUGAGCUUCCUCCACGACCUUUACUUGAGAGACUUGCUAAGGAACUACGUCGUCAACUGGGUCUCCGCUUGUUCAAUCUGGAUAUUAUCCGAGAACACGGGAGAAGAGAUCAUUUUUAUGUCAUUGACAUCAACUACUUCCCUGGGUAUGGGAAAAUGCCAGAGUAUGAGCAUAUAUUUACAGACUUCCUCUUGGGCCUGGUACAGAGCCAGUACAAGAAAAAAUCAGGCUAGUGAAUGUUUUGAAGGGCUGUUUGAUGCUUAAAAAGUGGCCGGUGACUGAAUAUGGAAGAAGUGGAGCACUAUGUGCCUAUUUCGGAGAAUUAUCAUGGUCCGAAUUAAGUAUUAGCAGGACCAGGUCCUGUGGUUGUUUUGGUUCCUUGUACAUCUUCACCCUACUAGCAUCUGGAGGAAUGAAUUAUGCAAAAUGCAGAAUAUGCCAACCUCCGAACUUCUGUAAUUACUGACUAACUGGUAGGAUGACUCCUGCUUCUGAAACCAUCAUGUACACCGCUCGUUAUAAUACAGCUUGGCUUAAUUCUUGCUCAA